AUGUCAUCCUCGCCCAUACCGCGAAGGCACUCCGAGAUGCCCUCUCGAUCGACGCCUCCCCGGAGGAUCAGCACCUUCACCGAUUCUGGCGGGGGGACACCAGGGGAAAUGAGGAGAGGAAGUAGUGCAAUUGGCGCUGCGAGUGCUGAACAACGUAAAGCAAGGAGAGAACAAUUUAGGAAUUUCUACGGUAUCAAGGAAGGUCCCGGUUCAGGUCAGACUGUUGACUCGCCUGUGGAUCCUGCAAACGGGAAUCCAUUGGAUAUAGAUUCCACUUCGUUCAACCCUUCUGCAUAUUAUGAAGAUCUGAUAUCGAAGAGUAAUCUAAAGAAAUUGAUGGAGAAAGCUUCUAUCUUGAAUUCAGAUAUAGGUAAUUUAGAAGGAUCUAGACAUAGUUUAGUAUACAAUCAUCAUCAUCAGCUGUUCUCAGCUGGAGAUACGAUAUCAAAAUUGAAUUCCCGUACACCCCAACUCUUAUCCAUCGUUGGCGAAUUGCAGGAAUCUUUCUCCAAGAUUGAACAAUUGAUAGACUCGAUAUCUAUCAACGAUAUCAAAGUCCCCCAAGAGGAUAUACCAACACCAAACAACGAUGAGAGUGGGCUGAUUUUGGAGAGUUUGAGGAAUGGGAAGAGGAGAUUGGAAUUGAUGAUACUGGCGAAAGGAUCGCCAGAAAAGAUACGGUCAACCCAUGACGAGUUGGUGCGAGAAGUCAAAGAUACGGAUACAGAUGGAAGUAUCAAUAAUAAUCGAGAGAUUCAAGCUAUCUUAGAAGAGAUAGAAAAAGUGGUACAAAGUUACCUCAGAGACAAAGAUCAGGCUACAACGUGA